AUACUACCGCGCGGCUGUCAUGGGCAACACCGUCGGCGAGCAUGCGCUGCUGAGGGCGCGCGGGCUGCUGCCUCGGGUCGAGUUUGUGCGCAGCGUGCUCUCUCGGCUGGUGGACCAGCCGCGAGAGAGACGAGGCCCGCCGCCAACCCAGCCCUCGGCCAGCGGGAGCGCGGCCGUCCCCUCGGCCGAGUCGAUCUCCCUCGCGCACGAGGCCCUCCUCGCCCUCUUCAACAGCGGGCCGGGCGUCGCUCUCGGCUCGAGCGACCUCUUCGACGGCGCGCUCGGCCUCUUGCCUCAAAGCCGCGCCGCGACGCUGCCAAAGGCGGCGGCGCGGUUCCUCACGAGGCUGCGGCUGCUCCUCUCCUCCUUUGAGCUGCCUCCGAUCCUCUGCGCGCUCAAGCGGCUCGUCGCGCCGCGCGGCCGGCUCGAGGAGCUGGCAAAGGUGGACGAGAACCGACUCGGCCAGCUCUCCACCCUCUACCUCGCCGCCCUCACCACGGACGGCAUCCGCGCGCGGCGCAUCGACCCGUCGCGCCUCGCUGCUCUGCGGGACCGCAAGAUGGCGCACCCGCGCGCGAGCUGGGCGGCCGCGUUUGGGCUGCGGCUGCCUCGGCCCGGCCGGCAGCGCCUCGUGUACGGUGCCCCCUCCAACCCGCUCAUGGCGCGCGGCUGGGCCUCCCCGUUCGCCUGGUUCGUCCGGUCGACGGUGCACUUUGCCCUCGCCCCCACGCGCGAGGCGGUCGACGCCCUGGCGACCUACCUUCAGCGGCGGCAGCGGCAGAUCCAGCGAGGCCGAGAUGGGCCGCUCCGGCCGGUGGUGGAGGUGGGCGCAGGCUCGGGCCACCUCGCCCGCUUGCUCAACGCGACCGGCCGCCUCUCGCCGCCGCUCGUCGCGACCGAGCCCUUCCCGGAGGGGUACGCACAGUCGGAGGAGGCCCUCUUCGGCCCCGGCUUUGGCGACGGUCUCGGCGGCGUCGAGGCGAUGCGCGACGGCGAGGCGAUCGCGAGGCACCGCCCGGCGCUCGUCCUCUGCGCCUUCAUGACGGCCGGCGAGGACUGGACCCCCGCGUGGCGCGCAGCGGGCGUGGACGAGUACGUGCUGAUUGGCGACCUCGGCCACGGCAAAGGCGUGUACUCGCUCAACGGGGACCACGGCGGAUACGAGCGUGUGCUGCUGGAGGAGGUGUCGGCGGAGCUGCUGGAGGCAGGCCAGGCGGCGCUCGAGGGCACCCCAUGCGAGGGUGCGGGCUACUUGGUCGCGGUGGCGUUCCGGAAAAAAGGUAAGCGUAAGGUAACGAAGUAA